UUUCUAGUUUGUAUUUUACUAUGCUAUACUUCAGGUCCUGAGACGACACUUUCUUUGCUGCUGAACCUGGAAGCCUAUGAGAUAAUCCCUGGGACCGUUGCCGAUGCCGGAGUGAUUCUUUCCAUUCACGACUCCAGCGACACGCUUUCGACAGAGUCCACUUCUGGAAUUCAUUUGGAAGCUGGAAAAGCCGUCACCAUACCGAUAAAUGAAGUCAGAAGAGUGCGCAUUACUGAUUCGCAUUUUCUUAUUUUGCAGCUAUCACGGUACCAGGAAUACUGCGGUCGUCGUGCUGUCGGUCCAUUUUCUGCCGCGCAGUACUCCCGAGCAGCCUGUCAGUGGGUGGCAACAAUGGAAGAGAUCGAGAAAGCUUGUCGAUGUCGUCCUGUCACCAGUCCAUUCAAUCAAGAUUACUUACUGACGGAAAAAAUGUCAAGGGCUUACGUUCCACUUUCGAGUGAUUCAUUUCUGACACGAAUUACAGGAGCUAACAAUCUCUCGACUUGUAUGGAGGAAGAACAUCCACGAGUUAACAGUGCCACAUUCAAGUCAGAGAGGAAAUCGAAUGUGUCUAAUACGUGCGUAGCGCUUUUCUUGUUUGUUCUACCUAACCCCAAAAGUGCUGCUUACUUCCAGACUCUUUUCGAUCAUGCUAACUCAUCUUUUACAUGUCCAGAAGAUUGCGAUGAAGUUUCGUUCUCUUCUGUUGUCUUCGGUGGCCGAUUGGUAACGUCUGAUUUGACGUCACUGCUGCCAGGCGACUGGGAAGACGUUAAGGAAGCGAAAGUGAACCAAUUCCAACGAGCGAUGGAUGUGAUCCCGAAUCAUCGCAUUCCGGUGGUAAAGGAAGUACAGUUGUUGGCAAAUAGCGUUCAAGAGUUCGCUCGACUAGCCAUACAAGUAUUCUCUCUGAUGCCCAACGUGACCACGAUCCCUUGCCUAGCUCCAAAAGGGACACGUGACCUGGAUCGUGCAUUUAUUCAUUUCAAAACACAGGAACCGAUAUGGGAACGCAUCACUACGUAG